GAAACCGUCGGGCACGCCCCUCCAGCAGCCGUGGUCGAAGACAAUCUAGCCUUCCUUUAGAAAUCUCUUCCGACACUUAAUGAAGUUUUCUCGUUCGGGGAUUGCUGCACUGCAAUGAAGAAGAGGAGAAAGGUUGCUUCCAGUCUUGACGAGAAGAUCCAUCUGGGCUAUCAUAAAGAGUCUCCAGAGGGAAAUGUCACAGUGCAGUGUGACCAAGUGACCUGUCCUUACUCCUCAGAAAGACCAGCCCCCGAAGCUCUGCACCAUUACCAGGAACUUCCUCCCUCGCCAGAUCAGAGAACUCUUCUGAGUUCUUUGCAGUAUAAUAAGAAUUUGUUGAAGUAUUUAAAUGAUGAUAGGCAGAAGCAACCAUCUUUCUGCGACUUACUUAUCAUAGUAGAAGGGAAGGAAUUUAGUGCCCAUAAAGUAGUGGUUGCUGUUGGCAGUAGUUAUUUUCAUGCUUGUUUGAGCAAAAAUCCCAGCACUGAUGUUGUCACCCUGGAUCACGUAACACAUUCAGUGUUUCAGCAUUUGCUUGAGUUCCUUUACACAUCAGAGUUUUUUGUGUACAAAUACGAAAUACCUCUUGUUUUAGAGGCUGCAAAGUUUUUGGACAUUAUUGAUGCAGUUAAACUGCUAAAUAAUGAAAAUGUUGCAGCUUUUCAGGCAGAACUAACGGAAAAGUCAUCACCAGAAGAGACACUAAAUGAAUUAACCGGAAGACUGUCAAAUAAUCAUCAGUGCAAAUUCUGUAGUAGACAUUUUUGUUAUAAAAAGUCCUUAGAGAAUCAUUUGACUAAAGCUCAUAGGUCCCUUUUGUUAGGGAAAAAACAUGGGUUAAAAAUGCUAGAGAGAAGUUUUUCUGCAAGAAGGUCCAAAAGGAAUCGUAAAUGUCCUGUGAAGUUUGAUGACACAAGUGAGGAUGAACCAGAAAGUGCAGAUGGGUCAGACAAUUUGAAUCAAGAAAGCUUCGAUAAGGAAAAGUCAGACAGAAACGAUUCUGAGGAUGCUGGAAGUGAAUAUAAUGCUGAAGAAGAUGAACUAGAGGAGGAAAUGUCGGAUGAAUACUCUGACAUUGAAGAACAGAGUGACCGAGAUAAUGAGGCAGAAGAGGAACCCGAGGCAGGGGAUUCUGUAGGAAACAUUCACGAGGGGUUAACACCAGUAAUCAUUCAGAACAGUAACAAGAAAAUAUUGCAGUGUCCUAAGUGUGAUAAGACAUUUGACCGAAUAGGGAAAUAUGAAAGCCACACCCGUGUGCACACAGGUGAGAAGCCCUUUGAGUGUGAUAUCUGUCACCAGCGCUAUUCUACCAAGUCUAACCUUACCGUCCACAGAAAGAAGCACAGUAAUGAAACUGAGUUCCAUAAGAAGGAGCACAAGUGCCCUUACUGUAACAAACUCCAUGCCAGCAAGAAGACCUUAGCCAAGCAUGUCAAGAGAUUUCAUCCUGAAAAUGCACAAGAAUUUAUUUCCAUCAAGAAAUCUAAGAGUGAAAGUUGGAAGUGUGAUAUUUGUAAGAAAUCUUUUACUCGAAGACCACACUUGGAGGAACAUAUGAUUCUCCAUUCUCAAGACAAACCUUUCAAGUGUACCUACUGUGAAGAACAUUUCAAAUCUCGGUUUGCACGGUUGAAGCAUCAGGAGAAGUUCCAUCUGGACCUCUACUCCAGAAAUGAUUUGAGCAUGUGCAAAUGUGACUAUUCUUUUCUGAGAGAUGGCUGGGAAUACUGGGCUCAGCUGGUGAGAAAGGAGAAAUGCCUUGGAAGUCACAGAUACAAAGCAAACAUGGGGUGGUUGAAUAAAGAGCAGUUUUCAGCACUUCCUCAUUAUCACGCAUGUUCCUUCUGCAUCAUCAGUUUAAUGGUCUCCAGUGUCUUUCUUUAUAGACUUCACUUACGAGUACAUCAUGAUGAUAAAAGAUAUGAGUGUGAUGAAUGCGGAAAGACAUUCAUUCGUCAUGACCACCUUACAAAGCACAAAAAAAUACAUUCAGGUGAAAAGGCUCACCAGUGUGAAGAGUGUGGAAAAUGCUUUGGUCGUAGAGAUCAUCUUACUGUUCAUUACAAAAGUGUGCACCUUGGAGAGAAAGUGUGGCAAAAAUAUAAAGCAACAUUUCAUCAAUGUGAUGUUUGUAAGAAAAUUUUUAAAGGAAAAUCAAGCUUGGAAAUGCAUUUUCGGACACAUUCAGGUGAAAAACCAUACAAGUGUCAAAUUUGCAAUCAGUCUUUUAGAAUUAAGAAAACUUUAACCAAACACCUGGUAAUUCAUUCUGAUGCCCGACCUUUCAAUUGUCAGCACUGUAAUGCAACAUUUAAGCGGAAAGACAAGCUGAAAUACCACAUUGACCAUGUUCAUGGGAUAAAAUCCCCUGAUGAUCCACUCAGUACUUCUGAAGAAAAACUUGUGUCCUUGCCCGUAGAAUACUCAUCCGAUGAUAAAAUCUUUCAGACAGAAACCAAACAAUAUCUAGACCAACCCAAAGUUUAUCAAUCAGAAGCCAAGACUUUGUUACAGAAUGUGUCUGCUGAAGUGUGUGUUCCAGUUACCUUGGUGCCGGUGCAGAUGCCUGACACUCCCAGUGGCCUGGUGCAGCAUACGACCACACUUCCGCCAGCCUCCCAUGAGGUCCUGCCACCUCAGCCACAAUCCACUGAUUACCCACGUGCAGCUGACUUAGCUUUUCUGGAAAAGUACACUCUGACUCCUCAACCUGCAAAUAUAGUUCAUCCCGUCCGGCCUGAACAAAUGCUUGAUCCUAGAGAGCAGUCUUACCUUGGAACAUUACUGGGCCUUGAUAAUGCAACUGCUGUUCAGAACAUCUCCAGUGGUGAUCAUCACUCCUGA